CGGAGAGCUCUUGGCAUUCCAUGUGAUGUCACCAGUGUUGUAGCAACACCAACUGCCCUUAGGACAUUCCUCAGUGCCCAUGGGGUAGAGCAGCAGUCAUGUUCUCAAGACUGAGGAGUCUAAUUAGGAGAGCGGAUGGAGAACGUCCAGUGAACAGAGAGAGGCAGGAGGAGGCUGACUCUCAGUUUGGACGUAAAGUGGGAAGGAAUAAAUGGUUCUGGCGAAAACGCAAUGCUGCUACGGUGCCAUCAUCCAAACCAAGGCCCCAUACCCAGAAACAUGCAGAAGGAAAUGGAGAAGCUGACCACGGAGCUGCAGCUGAUGACCAGCCAAAGAAAUGAGCUGCGAGAUCACGUGAUCUUUAUCACGGAAGGAAAGGUGGAUGAUAGGCCCUACUACCCGCCCAAUCCCCUGAAUGAGAAAGUGAAGCUGCAGCACAAACAGGCCUUGUCAGCACUAAAGCGCCUGGAGAACGAGAACACCGAGGCCUCAGAACAGCUGAGUGAGCUGACCAGGGAGACCGUCCUGUAUCGGGGUGUGCACAGCUGGCUCCUGAUGCAGCAUACUCACCUGGAGAAGAAGGUGAACCUGCUGAGGCAGGAGAAGAAGAAAUUGCAGGAUGAUUGUGUCCUACUGAUGCACCACGUAGAGGACUUGAAAGUGCUCUGUAAGGACCAAGGAAAGAACAGUGAUGUCAACACCCAGCAACAACAGGAGCUCAGAGUUUGGUGGAAAGACUUCAGUUCCUGCUGAAGCAGAAGGAAACAAACACCCAGAAAAAGGACUUGGCAGAAAAGCUGCGGCAUCACUUUGAGUUCUCCCAGAUGAGGUCCAAAACACUCCAGCCUAAGGUAGAAGAGGCCACAGCCCAGGAUGAGAGCCACUUGCCCAAGGAGCUGCUACAGGAAGAGCCACCUGCUGAGCCCCAUCCCCAGCAACUACUGAAUUCCAGGGAUGAAUGUGGAUUCCACUGUGGAAUAGGCCUUGAGUAUGUCUAGCCAGUGACCCAGCAUGGCUGCUUCUGGGUCUUGAUUCCCUUUCCUUCUUGAUCACACCCCCUGAGAGAACUGAGGAAGCCAAAGGGAGCCAAGGAUACCUUGAAACCAUCACAUUCUUCACAUUAGGAUCAAGGCCUCCAGACAAAAAGACACCCCUUGUAUUUGUGAACUCACCAGCGAAGGAAAUACCAGCUGGCCAUGCCAGGUGGUCAUGCCCAAUCUGAUCCAUGUGUCUGUUGACUCAUUUCUCAUGAAGGAAAGAAAGCAUCAAAACCACGCUUGGGGUACAGAACACCAGAGACAAAAAUUACUCCAAACCCUGCAUCUACCAGCAAGCGGCCUCAGCCUUGGGGGGAACAUGACAUAGAACAAAAGAGAAAUGACUGCAGGCGUCUUGAAAAAGCUGUUCCAAUCGGUGACGGCCUUGCUCCCAUGUCUCUGAGGUGAGUCACAGCCUGUAGUAGGUCCUUGCUAUUCAAUCUGCCACAAGAGAAUGCAAAUUAGCUUAAUUUCUUGGUUGUUUUUGUUUUAGGUUUUUAUUUUUGGUUGUUUUGGUUUGGCUUUGUUAUUCUGAUAUUAUCUGUUCUUGUUAUUGAUUUUCGUAAU